AUGCUAACUCUAGACUCGAAUCCUUUGAUUCGAUUGGAGAAGCGACUGGCCGCAUUGAAGCAUACUCAUAACGCCGGACUUACUCGUAGCGCCUUUUUGACUGAAAAUAACUUUAAUGUUAAUCGUCAGUUGAUGGAAAGUCUGAUUUUACGACUACAUUCCGUUGAUCCAAAAUCAAAGAAAAGUAAGCGUGUUGCCAAUCGUGUGAAGAGAAUGCGUCCUAUGUCCGUGAAACCACAGGAACUCUUUAAUCCGCAUUACCCUGGUUACACUGGGUUCCAAUCAAAAUUGCAUGCCGUCAAAAGACUGCACUCCUCUGAGUACUGUGAUAGCUCUGACACUACAUUUUUGAAAGAUUUGAAGGAAUUGCCACCUCUUCAUCCAUCAGAAGUGGAGACCGUUUUGCGUAAAAAAGAUAUGAGCACGCGUAAUCACCCUCAAAAAGGAGAACCAAUAUUUCCCCCACCUCCAGAUCCUUCUUGCACCAUUUCUGCUAGAGGUGUAGCAACGUCCGCCGGCAAAACAAGUACUUCAAAUGCGCAGCGUAUUCGUAAAGGUUCACAGUCAUUUAACUCAACAGGGCCUUCUCCAGAUAAGUACGCGAUACCAACAACUUCAUGCGUUCCUAACUGUGGUCGAAGUAUGCGUUCCGAUGGACUCUUGUCAUCUCUUCCCGCUGCUUCAUACCCUCAUGUGGAUUUGCGCGCUAAAUAUGAUCCUGAUUUUUAUCAUAACGCGUCUUCAAGCUACGAUCAAUUUGGAUUGGCUGGAUUUUCAAACGAUUAUGCUGGUUUCAAUUCAUAUAAUCGGAUUCCCAGUUACGCUUCCUGGGUAUCAUUGGGGAAGUAUGAUCACAAUAUGUCUGAUCGUAUUGCUCAAAGCUCGGCGUCCAUAUCACCUCCUGAUAUCGCACCCAGCUACAGGAACUAUCCGGCUACCGUGGGGCCUGAAAAUCCUUCUGGAUUCACGACGAAUUUGCCCUUUAAUCAACCCUUCCAAAAUGAGGAUUUCAUGCACGGUAUGCCUUCCUACCCCCCAUCAAUCGACCCGCAGCAGUCGGCAUAUGAGAUGAAUUUCUCGUCUUACAAUUACCCCCCACCAAAUACCACGUCUUACUUGUGA